AUGGUUGAUAGGGCACACAUCAUUAGACAAACGAGGAAAAGGCGCUUAAAGUCAAAACUCUAUGUCUUCAACUCAUUCGGCAUGUUGGGCGUGUUUGUCCUGGUUGUUAUUAUGAACUUUAUCUUCCGAAUCACCCAUUUCGAAGGUGGUAUCUGCAUCAUUGGGAUGGAACAGCCCGUGUUGCUACCCCUCAUCUCAUUUGACGCAGCUGUGAACGUUUAUCUCACGAUUUUGUUUUUACUUCCUUUACUGAGUCUGCACUCUGUAAAGUACAACUUCUGGAAGCCAUGGACAUUGGACUGGCGGAAUCGUCGCAUCCCCAGAGCUCCACCCAACGUCCGGCUAAGAAGACUCGUGAUACGCACUUUUAUCGGGUCUUGUUGCACCCUAGUUAGUAGUGUGACAAACUUGAGUGUUCUCAUGGCUUUGAAUGGAGAGGUAGCAUGGCUGUGCUUGCUAUGCUGCAAUACCGAUAUCUUCUUCUCGGCCCUGGUGAUCAACUGGAUUACGUCGCCUGGCCAGGAGUCAACAUUACGAACCUUAACCCGACCGUCACGCGGUAUAUUCACGCUGAGGGACGACGCCGUUACUAUUCCGCUGGAUCCCGACGGAAACAGCACGAGCACGAGCAAGACGUGGGAGCAAAGGCGAUCAAAAACACCGACAACAAUUGGCCUCGAAUCAGCAGAGGCGCUUGAUGAUGAUGAUACAGAACUAGACGAGCGCCAUAUUCGAGACGACGAUGAUGCCGAGGCAGAUCAGACUUUCGAAAGGGAAGCGAGGCACUCGGACGACGAGGACGACAUUGAAAUAAGCGCUGCCGAAUUACGAGGAGCCCAGAUAUGAGCAGCGAGAUGGGUGCUGGGGUCAUGACG